UACAGUUACUGAUCUCACUCCCUUUUCCAUCUUCCUCACCACUUUCUUCUCUAUCACUUCUCCCCCUGCAUUUUGGAUCGCUAGUUGAUUUCUCUCCUCCUCUGAAGAUUAUUCCAAAUGUACAUAUAUGAUAUAUGAGUCUGGCAGAUGCUCGACGCAAUUUUUGAAAGCUCUGGCCAAGUGAUCCAAACACCAGUUUUCCGCAUUCCUGGUUUAUUUCAUACCUUCUCUCUUGUUCUUCACGAGAUUCUGAGUGGGUCUGAAUUUGAGUGCAUAGGCAGAUCUUUCCGUCUUAGAUGGGGAAGAAGGGUGGAGGCGGUUGGUUCUCGUCGGUGAAGAAAGUUUUCAAGUCUUCUCCUAAGGACUCGCCGGUGCCGGAGAGGAAGAAGGAAGAUGAGGUGAAACGGCAACAUGAAGCACCAGAGGUUGUGUUGUUUGAGCUUUUUCCUGCAGAGAGUUCUCCUGAUGAUAUUACCAAUGAGGAGAGUACCACGUCAACGCCUGUGACUGAAGAUCGAAGACAUGCCGUUGCUGUUGCGGCAGCAACUGCUGCAGCUGCUCAGGCAGCGGUGGCAGCUGCUCAGGCAGCGGCGAGAGUGGUUCAUAUGGCAGGUUAUGGACGACAAUCCGAGGAAGAUAGAGCAGCAACACUCAUUCAAUCAUACUACAGAGGCUACCUAGCUCGACGUGCACGGCGUGCUUUGAAGGGAUUGGUGAGACUGCAAGCGCUUGUGAGAGGUCACAAUGUAAGGAAGCAAGCACAAAUGACAAUGCGUUGUAUGCAAGCGUUGGUGAGAGUGCAGGCCAGAGUCAGAGCUCGCAGACUCCAACUGACCCAUGACAAGAUUUACAAGAACGUGAUGGAACAUGAUUUAGUGCCCAUGAGCCCCUUAUACAAUGAUGGUUGGAACGCUAGGCGUCACAGUUUCCAGAGAAUCAAUGAAAGUGACUUGUGGAAACAUGAAGAUGCAAUGAAGAGGGAGAGGGCUCUUGCUCACGCUUUUAACUAUCAGCAAUGGAAACAGUGGCCACAUGCGGGCCUGAAUCCUGGUGAUGAAGAAAUGGGAACAUAUACCAGUGAGCUUGAACAAGCCAAGCAGGGUUGGAACUGGUUAGAACGUUGGAUGUCCUCUCAAAAACAUCAAGCGAUGCCCUUGGGGCCGCCUGAAACCUCUUAUCGCAUGACCCAAGCUGUUACAACCACCACCACUGCAGAUGACAUGUCUGAGAAGACGGUGGAAAUGGACAUUGUUGCACCUCCGAACUCAAGCAACACCAUCAUGGGCCAAGGCCUUCUUCUUGAUUCAAGUCCAAUUCCCAAUAGGCGGCCCCAUGAUCUGCAGCCCCUGGCCAACCCAAGUAUACCGAGCUAUAUGGCUCCGACCCAGUCUGCAAAGGCCAAGGUAAGGGGUCAAGGCCCGGUCAAGCCGCGUGGCUCUUCUGUGCCACAGUGGAAUUCUUCAACUAAGAAGAGCUCCGUUAUUGAGUCGGGGUGUGACUCCCCUAUCUCAGGUGGAGGAACGGCAAGUAAUCUAUUUAUGAAGAGCCCAGGCCCAAAAAUUAGUGGGGCCAGGCUACAGUCUAAACGGAUCGCGGGAGGAAGCACAGACUAUGCUGGUACGGAGGAUUGGACACUGCCUCUGGGAGCACAUGCUUGGGCAUGAUCUAUAAUAAGAAUCGUCAAAUAUCAGGACAGGGUGGGUGCUCAAUGCAUUAUAUUUAUGGAAAUUUAAUAAUGUUCUUUGAUGUUAUGAACCAAUGAUAAAUCAAACAUUUGAAAAGGUAUUUAGUUUAAA